AUGGACUCGCAAAGAGGGCCGAGCGAAGUAUCGCCAGAGGCGAUGCAAGCCCGAAUUCAACAGGCGCGUCGCGAGGCUGAAACACUCAAGGACAGAAUCAAGAGGAAGAAGGAUGAGCUCGCCGACACUACGCUCCGCGCAGUUGCCCAGCAGGCCCACGAGCCGAUCCCCAAGAACCAGUUGAUGAAGACGAAGAGGACAUUGAAGGGCCACCUCGCCAAAAUCUAUGCCAUGCAUUGGUCCACCGACCGGAGGCAUCUCGUCUCGGCGUCGCAAGAUGGCAAACUCAUCAUCUGGGAUGCCUACACGACCAACAAGGUCCAUGCAAUUCCCCUGCGGUCAUCAUGGGUCAUGACUUGCGCCUAUGCUCCCAGCGGAAAUUACGUUGCAUGCGGUGGCCUCGAUAAUAUUUGCUCCAUCUACAACCUCAACCAAAACCGCGAUGGCCCAACCCGGGUCGCCCGAGAGCUCUCUGGCCACGCUGGAUACCUCUCCUGCUGCCGAUUUAUCAACGAUCGGAGUAUCUUGACCUCGUCCGGUGAUAUGACCUGUAUGAAAUGGGAUAUCGAGACGGGAACCAAGGUCAUGGAGUUCGCCGAUCACCUCGGAGACGUCAUGAGCAUCAGCUUGAACCCCACGAACCAGAACACCUUCAUCUCUGGUGCCUGCGACGCCUUUGCGAAGCUGUGGGAUAUCCGAGCCGGCAAGGCCGUCCAGACUUUUGCUGGCCACGAAUCAGACAUCAAUGCGAUCCAAUUCUUCCCAGAUGGCCACUCGUUUGUCACUGGCUCCGAUGAUGCCACCUGCCGGUUAUUUGACAUCCGCGCCGACCGGGAGCUGAACGUCUACGGUUCCGAAUCCAUCCUUUGCGGCAUUACAUCCGUAGCCACAUCAGUCUCUGGGCGCCUUCUUUUCGCCGGCUACGACGAUUUUGAAUGCAAGGUCUGGGAUGUCACUAGAGGUGAGAAGGUCGGCUCUCUAGUCGGCCACGAGAACCGUGUGAGCUGUCUGGGCGUGUCGAAUGAUGGAAUCAGUUUGUGCACAGGAUCUUGGGACUCUCUGCUCAAGGUCUGGGCUUACUAG